GUUUGUCAGUUAUUGGAGUUGACGGCUGAUGGUACAUCUCUCACUGCGGGGGGAGCUGGUCCGACCACCGGAUUGUGGGGGCCAUCCUAAAAUUGAUUGCAUGACAAUUUACCGUGAAUAAAAGUAAUUGGAGGUGGGAGGAGUGCUAAUCCAUUAGUGCCCACCAUCGCAAUUGAAUUUCCGAACUUUACCUUGUCCCAUAUUCCUCACGACCUCGUUGACCGUUCAGUGACGCGCUGCCAACAUGUCGUCCUCCGAGAAACCUCUCCCGUUUAUCUACCAGUUUGCGGCUGGCGCCAUUGCUGGCGUCUCCGAAAUUCUGGUCAUGUACCCUCUCGACGUCGUCAAGACAAGAGUCCAGCUCCAGACCGGAACGGGGGCGAAUGCAGAGUACAACGGCAUGCUUGACUGCUUCCGCAAGAUUGUCAAGAAUGAAGGCUUCUCGAGACUCUACCGUGGCAUUUCUGCGCCAAUCCUAAUGGAGGCGCCAAAGCGUGCCACCAAGUUCGCUGCCAACGGUGAAUGGGGCAAGUUCUACCGGAAAGCUUUUGGUGCUGAUAAGAUGAAUCAGAGCCUGUCAAUCUUGACUGGAGCAUCUGCAGGAGCUACUGAGGCCUUCAUAGUCGUCCCUUUCGAGUUGGUGAAGAUUCGCCUCCAAGACAAGGCAUCUGCAGGGAAGUACAGCGGCCCACUGGAUGUUGUGUCCAAGAUUGUCAAGAACGAGGGCAUAUUGGCCAUGUACAACGGACUGGAGAGCACACUUUGGCGACACAUUCUCUGGAACGCAGGCUAUUUCGGCUGCAUCUUCCAGGUGCGUGAGCUGUUGCCUCAGGCUAAGACAAAGAAGGGUCAAGUAGCGAAUGACAUCAUGGCUGGAACUGUCGGUGGAACUGUCGGAACCAUGGUUAACACCCCCAUGGACGUUGUCAAGUCUAGAAUACAGAACAGCCCCAAGGUUGCUGGGGCUGUCCCGAAGUAUAACUGGGCAUGGCCUGCGUGCGCGACUGUCGCUAAGGAAGAAGGUCUGGGAGCAUUGUACAAGGGCUUCCUGCCCAAAGUUUUAAGAUUAGGUCCAGGGGGUGGUAUAUUACUGGUCGUCUUUGGUGGAGUUAUGGAUUUCUUCAGAAAGAUGAAGGAGAAAUCUGCUUAGAUGAACUUGCCUGGGUUAGACAACGACAUUUGGUUAGUCUUAGACGCGUCUAUUUGAAUCUAUAGAGGCAGGAAGCACUAAGCACGGGCUUGCUAGAUGUCAAUUCGGAUCAAUUCACUUUUUAGACACCUAAAGUUCUCUUCAUAACUUUGUUAUAACGUACCCC